CCGACCUCCCCCUACAGUUACCUCCCACCGUAAAACUUGCUCACUGGCUGCAAUAAAAGCCUCCAACAGAAAGUUUCGUUUCAUCUUCCCCAGAAUCUCUCUGUGCGUGGUCACAGCCAGCAAGGAAGCCUGCACCGACAGAAGCUGCUCACCACAAGAAGAGCAACGGAGAAUGGCCUUGCCGUCCGUCGUGACAGUGCAGCCGCAGUACAGCAUGUCCAUGCCUGCUGCCUCAAGGAACGUUUGGCAGACAGGGCUGAUGGACUGCUGCACCGACUGCGGCGUCUGCUGCUGCGGGAUGUUCUGCUUCCCCUGCCUGGGGUGCCAAGUGGCCGGGGACAUGAACGAGUGCUGCCUGUGCGGGACCAGCGUGGCCAUGAGGACGCUGUACCGCACCAGAUACAACAUCCCGGGGUCCAUUUGCUCUGACUUCUGUAUCACCCUGUGGUGCCCUGUGUGCUCCGUCUGCCAAAUUAAGAGAGACAUCAACCGGAGGAGGGAGAUAGGCAUAUUCUGAUGCUGCCAUCCUCGCUGCACCCUGCCGAGCCGCUGUGGGCAGGAGUCACUGCUGCCCUGGCCCUUGGGAAAACACCCCGCGGGGGGGUUGUCUUUGCGGUUGACUCCCCCUUCCCUGGGUAAUAUGAAUAAACAGCAGAAUUUGUCUUCC